AACCGCCCACAAACGAACAUUUACAUAAGAUGCAGAUAACCUCUGAACUAAAACCCCCAAUGUCUUAUAGCCAAUCCACCCCAUAAAUCUCGCCCCUCAGCAAACUCUCUGCUCCCGUUUCCUCGGCUCGCCGGCAGGCGGCCAACCAUGCAUCCACCGCCCCCACCCUCCCGCCUCCGCAAUCUGAACGCGGCGGUGGCGUCUUCCUGGUUUGGACGGCGCUUCAAGCUCUCAGAACGAGGCACCACCUUUUCGACUGAGCUCCGUGCCGGUACGGCCACAUUCUUAACCAUGGCCUACAUCCUCGCCGUCAACGCCUCCAUCGUCUCCGACUCUGGCGCGAAUUGCUCCGUCUCCGAUUGCCUCCAUCCUUCUCCGUCCUGCAAAUUCCCACCAGCUAUCGAUCCCGGCUACGCUGAUUGCGUUGCCCGCGCUCGCCGCGACCUCAUCGUCGCCACCGCCGCAUCAUCCGUAAUAGGAUCUGUUCUAAUGGGUUUCUUCGCCAAUCUCCCCAUCGCACUCGCCCCUGGAAUGGGAACAAACGCUUAUUUUGCUUAUUCCAUUGUCGGUUUCCACGGUUCCGGCAGCGUGCCUUACCGCUCUGCCCUUGCCGCCGUGUUCAUCGAGGGCGUUUUAUUCCUUCUCCUUUCUCUUCUCGGCUUCCGCUCUCGUCUGGCCCGUCUCAUUCCCCGCCCAGUUAGGUCAUCGUCUUCAGUCGGAAUCGGUUUAUUUCUCGCGUUUAUCGGCCUGCAGAACAAUCAGGGCAUAGGGCUUGUCGGCUUCAGCCCAUCUACUCUCCUCACCCUUGGCGCUUGCCCGCGUUCUUCCCGCGCCUCCCUAGCCCCUGUCCAAACCCUUCCAAACGGCACCCUUUCCCUCAUCCCCGGCGCCACCGUCUCCGGCGAGCUCCUCUGCCUCCACGGUCGCAUGCAGAGCCCCACUUUCUGGCUCGCGGCCGCCGGCUUCCUCAUCAUCUCCUACUGCCUCAUCCGAAAUAUCAACGGCGGCAUAAUCUACGGUAUCGUCUUCGUCACCGCCAUCUCCUGGUUCCGCGGCACCGCCGUCACUGCCUUCCCUGACACUCUCGCCGGCAACGAAUCCUAUGCUUAUUUCAAAAAAGUCGUCGACUUUCAUUCAAUAAGUUCCACCGCUGGCGCCCUCAGCUUCUCCGACAUCGCCCGCGGCCGUUUCUGGGAAGCAGUCAUCACUUUUCUCUACGUCGACAUUCUGGACACCACCGGCACUCUUUAUUCCAUGGCGCGCUUCGCAGGAUUCGUCGAAGAGAACGGGGAAUUUGAAGGGCAAUACUUCGCCUUCAUGUCCGAUGCUACAGCUAUUGUCGCCGGCUCGCUACUUGGGACGUCGCCGGUAACGGCGUUUAUAGAAUCGUCAACAGGUAUCCGGGAAGGAGGAAGAACAGGGCUAACGGCGCUGACGGCGGCGGCGUACUUUAUCCUUUCGCUGUUCUUCACGCCAUUGCUGGCGUCAAUACCUCCAUGGGCGGUGGGGCCGGCGCUGAUAGUUGUUGGGGUGAUGAUGAUGAAGGCGGUGACAGAGAUCGAAUGGGCGGAUAUGAGACAGGGAAUUCCAGCUUUCAUAACUCUAAUCUUGAUGCCACUUACAUACUCCAUUGCGUACGGGCUCAUCGGCGGAAUCGCCGUAUUCGUGCUACUCAACGCCUGGGACUGGGCGGCCGCUGCCAUCAAGAAAUUCUUGCCGGCGGCGACCAAGGUUCCCGAGGUGGAAGUCGUUAACAUAGUGAAUGCUAAUGAUUCAGUCGAGGUUUAGGCAAGACUAAGCACUGCAGUUCGUCUCGUUAGUCAACUUGGGUAAUUGCUGCGCCAUGGAUCUUAAUCUUUAUAUGUAUUUGUUAACGGAGGAAGAAACAAAAUUAAAGAUUCAUUGUCGUUUUAGAGAAGGAAGAUUCCAUGGGGUAAAAUUUACAAAAUAUUGAAGACUCCAUUGAAGAAAUUGUAUAUACUAUGUAAUAUGAAUAUGAUGCAUAAAUAUUAUCAAUUAUAAAUUUUGUUGUAUC